AUGGUGUUUUCAAAAGAUUAUAGAGAGGAUUUCCUGCUUGAUUUCGACAAGAAUACUUUUCUCAAUCAUGGGAGUUAUGGAGCUGUUCCCAAGGUUGUUUUGGACAGAAAAAAAGAGUUGCUUGAUGAAGCUGAAAGAUUUCCAGAUGAUCAUUUUCGAAACAACGCGCUCGAGUAUUACAAGGAAGCGUGCAAAUGCGCUGCUGAUUUCGUCCAUUCAUCAGUAGAAAACCUCGUUCUCGUCAAAAACACCACCCAGGGAGUCAACACCAUCGUCAACUGCUUUCCAAAAACCAAGAAAAUUCUCAUCAACAGUCACACUUACAAUGCCAUGCGAAAUAUGACCGAUUUGCAUCGGACGAGAUGGGGCUGCGAAGUUGCGGAAGUUGAGGUUAACAUACCGAUUGAAUCAGAAGAUGAGGUGGUAAAGGCGUUUACGGAGGUGAUGGAUGCGAAUGAAGACUUGGAUUUGGCGAUUAUUGAUCAUAUUUCUUCGGCUUCCGCGCUGGUUUUUCCGAUUCAGCGUCUUAUUGCUGAGUGCAAAAAGCGAAACAUCAUCGUCAUUAUCGACGGCGCUCAUGCGCCAGGUCAAAUCGACCUCCACCUGGACACGCUUGGCGCCGAUUUCUAUGUCGGAAAUCUUCACAAAUGGGCAUACACCCCUCGCGGAGCGGCGAUUCUCUGGGCUGACCCGAAGUUUCAUUCGAUUCUCGAGCCGCUGACAACGAGUCAUCUGUACAAAGGAACCCUCCAUGAGAAGUUUUUUCAGCAAGGAACUGACGACUACUCCAAUUUCUUUACGAUUCCAGUUUCGCUCAAAUAUCAUUCAGACCUUGGCUUUGAAAACCUCCACGCCCACGCCGCCGAACUCUUCGAAUACGGGAGAAAACGGCUUUGUGAAGAAGCUGGCUGCUCAAUGUACCCAGUUCCUGCUUCGAUGGAAGCUCCUUUUAUGAAAAUCGUCAAACUCCCGCGGACAGAUCGAUAUCCAGACACUGAUUCAGCCGAAACAUUAUUCAAAGAAAUAAUACUGAAAGGAAUUGCGAUUACCGACAGAAUAAUUCUUCAAUUAUUGGCGAACUAUAAUUUGGUCGUUGCAGUUACUACGACGAACGGUGAUAUGUGGAUGCGAAUAAGUGUCAAUUGCUACACAAACAAAUCAGAUCUCGACAGAUUGGUGGAUGUCGUCAAAGAUGCAACGCCAAAACUAUUCUGA